AUGAAGUUUUUUAUUACAUUCCGAUAUGUUAUGCAUCAAACAUAAAAAUUAGACAGACAGAAGGAAAGAGAGGCGAGAGAGAAAUCAAUAGACUGUCAUUGAGUGUAUCUGUGCAAUAGAAAGCUAAGAAAUAAGCAUACGAAAUGGUAGCAGCGUUGGGUUUCUCGGCACCACUCAGCUUCUCAAUCACUUCUCACAACAAAUCCUCUUCUCUUCCUCUUUCUUCUUCUUCUUCUUCUUCUUCCUUUUCCAGAAACCCAAAGAGGUCCGUAGUCUCUUCUACUUUAUCCUCUCCCUAUGGAAAUUUCUCAACAACUGGAUUAUCCAGUAAGACUUCUGGGUCACCUUUGCUGCUUGAUGAGAAGAAUUUUCAUGGUACCAGUACAAGUUAUGGUCCUAUAGAAGCCAGAAAAGGAAAUCCACCCAUGAUGCCAGCAGUGAUGACCCCAGGAGGACCUUUGGAUCUCGCUACUGUGAUGUUUAGGAACCGGAUAAUCUUCAUAGGCCAGCCAGUGAAUUCACAGGUGGCUCAACGAGUCAUUUCACAGCUUGUGACACUGGCAACUAUUGAUGAAAAUGCUGAUAUUCUGAUGUAUUUGAAUUGCCCAGGUGGAAGUACAUACUCCGUGUUGGCAAUUUAUGAUUGCAUGUCUUGGAUAAAGCCUAAGGUUGGCACAGUAUGUUUUGGCGUAGCUGCAAGCCAAGGAGCACUUCUUCUUGCGGGUGGUGAAAAGGGGAUGCGCUAUUCAAUGCCUAAUACACGUAUUAUGAUACACCAGCCACAAAGUGGAUGUGGGGGUCAUGUGGAAGAUGUGAGGCGCCAAGUUAAUGAAGCAGUUCAAUCUCGACAUAAAAUUGACAAAAUGUAUGCCGCAUUUACUGGCCAAUCAAUAGAGAAAGUUCAACAAUAUACUGAGAGGGAUCGUUUCUUAUCUGUUUCGGAGGCUAUGGAGUUUGGACUAAUCGAUGGCGUGUUGGAAACAGAAUAUUAGUUUCUUACUGAUUUGAGUAUUUCAACAAUUCUUUUCUCUUUGGCAUUCUAGAUUUUAUUUCAACGAAAAUUUGCAGAUAUGUGGUCUUUGCAACUGAAUUUUAAGUGGUUCCCGAUAGUUUGAAUGCCGCUUCCAUGAAUUCGGCUUAGCAAUAGCAUUGUAAUGAAUUAUUCUGAUAUGAACUUUUUACAAUUGGGAUUUGUUGAUGUCAUGGAAUCUGUUGCAAGUAUUGUGUUUUUUACUUUUUUUUUUUUGUGGUAAAGCAGUUGGUUGUGAAGAAGAGUAGUGGAGAGCAACUAUAUUAAUUGGAGGGAUUAAGAUUUUGACCCUAAUUAAAGCGGAUGUUUGUUUUUGUA